GCCACCGCCCACGCUCUCUCCUGUCGUCUGACUCGGGCCGGCGCGGCGCGCGAGCAGCAUGAGCGCGCGCCCGGACCGGUGACCGCCGCGGCGAUGGACUGCGGCUUCGUCGCGGGCGGGAGGCCGAAGAGUCCGCCGGGCCGCCGGCGGCUUCUAGUCUUCCUGCCGUCAGGCCGCUGCGGAAGUCCGGGCGGCCGCGGCGUCUCGGCGCGCCACUGCCCGUCAGCGCUGUCUGUGGGUCUGGGGGCGCUGCGGUUUCGUGGCCCGGCGGCCCGCGGCGGCGCGUCACGUGCCUCCCCGCUGCUCCUCCUCCUGCUCGUGCCCUCCCCGCGCCUGGCCGCCGUCGCCCCGCGUCGGCCCCUCGCGGACCGGGAGAGCUCGCGCCCGCGGCCCUCGGCCCCCGCGGCCGGCCGCGGCGGCGCGGGGAGGUACCUGGCGGGCCUCGCCCCGGGCCUCGCCUGGGCCGCCGGCGCCCUCCACCUGUGCCGCGGCCGCGUGGCCGCCCUCGCUUCGUCCAGGAGAGAGCUGAGCCUCUCUGCUGGGAGCCUGCAGCUGGAGCACAGCAGAGAUCUGGACCACAAAAGGAGAGAUUUCACCUCUUUCGGGAACAAGAAGCUCUACUUUGACACCCAUGCCUUAGUGUGUUUACUGGAAGAAAAUGGGUUCUCCACCCAGCAAGCAGAAAUCACUGUCUCUGCAUUGGUCAAGAUCACGGAUGCCAACAUGGAUAUUGUCUACAAGGAUAUGGUCACCAAGAUGCAGCAGGAGAUCACUGUUCAGCAAAUAAUGUCUCAGAUUGCCAGCGUGAAAAAAGAUAUGAUUAUUUUGGAGAAGAGUGAAUUUUCAGCCCUCAGAGCAGAAAAUGAGAAGAUAAACGUGGAACUACAUCGGUUAAAACAACAAAUAAUGGAUGAAGUGGUCAAGGUCCGAACAGAUACCAAGUUAGACUUCAAUCUAGAAAAGAGCAGAGUGAAGGAAUUGUACUCGUUGAAUGAAAGGAAGCUGCUGGAAAUGAGGACAGAAAUGGUGGCAUUGCAUGCCCAGCAAGAUCGCGCUGUCACCCAGACAGACAGGAAGAUAGACACUGAGGUCGCUGGCCUCAAAACCAUGCUGGAGUCACACAAGCUCGAUAACAUUAAAUAUUUAGCAGUUGCCUUUGUACCACUGAGUGGUGGUGGACAAAACACGGAAGACCCCACUCAGCCGGACCAGUGAACUUGGUCUAACCUGUGGGACAUACCAACAGUAAAUAUUUAUAUAACUCUACAAUUUUCAGUCUUCUGUCACAUAGAGGAUUUUGGGGGUCUCCAUUUAAAAGGCACAAUGGCUUCACUAAGUGCUGAACAAUCACCGAAACUAAACCAAGAGCACCAAACCCUGUGUCUCUCUGACCCAGUCCUUCCCCUCAGCCAGUCCCUAUGUUAGGGUACUGUGUUUCAGCCCCAGGGGGUUGAUGUGCUAAUGAUUCACUUAUACUGUUCCCCUAAAGCAAUUAUUUUUCUCUUCAUUUCCAUUGUCUUAGUUAUUGUCAUGGUUAUUUAUCGUGUGCCUUCCAGCCAGAAAAUCUUGUUGCCUAAUGAAGUUUUGUACUCAUUACAAAUGGGGACUCUCUUUUUACCUCUCAGAGUGCUAGAUUUCUGUCCCACCCUCUCACUUCGUGUGCCCGCCCCUCCCCCCCCAGCCCCCGGCUCGAGAACUAUAACCAUACUCCACGGGCAGCAUUACCUGCCUACGAAACUUGCUAAUUCUUGGCAUGGAAAUCUGCUUCGGUUUGUGGGACAAGUUCUACUUGCUUCUGGUCUUCAUCUGCUUUGUAUAUAAGAGAGGCACUCGGUUUUCCUUCAGCAAUAUUUAGAUAUUUGGAUAGUGUAUGCACUUCUUACAAAAGUCUUGAAUGAAUAUGCCUUUGCCCAUUACAAGCUCAGACUGUAGGCUUUAAAAUUAGAGAACUGUCAUUCCAGGUUAUCAUCUUAAGGUCGAUUCCUUUGGUUGUUAAAAACAUUCCCAUACCUACCUUACUUCUAUUUUUUAAAACAAAUAAAUCCCUAGAUACAGCUGGGGUUCUUUUAGAGAAGCACAUUCUCAUGUUAUUUGAAUGACUGGCGUGGGAGAGAAUAUGCAUUUUAAAAACGAGGACAUGGAGAGCCUGUUUUUUGUCUUUCUCCACAUACACGCAUGUGCACAUAAUCCGGUACAGUGGAGAAACCACAAAGGCACUUGUUGAUCGAAUUGGUAGGAUAAAUCAUCCAUUGUCACUGUUCUACCGCACUGGCAAAAAAGUUACGUUUGUCCUUUGGAUGUCAUUUCUUAAACUUCAGAAAAUGUAAGUCAUUGUCUUUUUUUUUUUUUAAACAUAUGUUUAGCACAAAGCUUCUGAACUCCGGAUGAGCCUGAAAAUCAAGUUCUUUGGCAUUAGUGGUAUCAGUUUCAAAGUGAAUAAUGAUUUGUCUUCAACUUGAUCCAGAAUUAUCGGGGCACCUGGGUGGCUCAGUUGGUGAAGCCUCUGCCUUCAGCUCAGGUCAUGAUCCCAGGGUACUGGGAUCAGGCCCCGCAUUGGGCUCCCUGCUCAGUAGGGAGACUGCUUCUCCCUCUCCUGUUUCCUCUGCUUGUGCUCUCUCUCUCUCUGCCAAAUAAAUAAAAUCUUUAAAAACAAAAAAACCCAAAAUUAUCUCAACUGCUUCAUAAAAUACUGUAGUCAUUUGUGCUUCGCCUUUCAGAGGAGGAUCCCCAGAAAAUACUGCACGUUGAGCAGUUGCCUUAAGUAUUACAGAUGUAAGUAAAUGACAUCCCAUUAAGACCACAUUUGCAACUACUUAAUAUAGAUAGAACUAUGGUUAGUAAGAGCUUGGAGAAAGGGCCUGGAACACAGACAUGCCUCCAAAAUUAAAAGAAUCCCCAAGAGGAAAAAGCACUGUAUGUAAUUAUGUUUCAAAGCAAACACUAACUUGUAUAGGUUAAAAACAAGCAAAGUGACCUUACUUCCUGAUAAAAUAUUUUUUAAACAACAUUCAGAGGGGUGACACUCUCUGAUCUGCCAGGAGUAUAAAUGGCAUUCCUACUGGUUUAUAGUGGGCUGCAGCAGUCACUUAAUUUGGGCCUUGGAUUUUGGUGUGUAGUCUUCUGCAUUACAGAACAGACUCCCCGUACCCGCAACCUCGGGAACAAUGAACUCGCAUUUUGGUGGCUUGGGUUGCAUGCGUAUAUGGAGGUUAGGAAUGUUCGGGACUGUGUUCCCUUUGUUUGGUCAAAUGCAUUUUAUUUGAAAAGCAUAUGAGCCAGAAAUACAAGCAUACCCUUCCCCCUGCUGGCUGGCCCACACUUCUGUGACCAGCGGGAGCACGCUGGGACUGGACACAGUGGGACAGCUUCCUGAACUAGUCUGGUUCCGAGGGAUUCCGAUCGAUCGCUUAGGAACAUAGGCCUUCGCCUAAUUUCAGAAGGGGAAGAUGCCUGGCACACAACUUGCAGAUAACCCAUGUGGUAGCACCUGGGAAACGAACCAGAGCCCGAUACUGCGCAUGUACCCCGAGGCCCAGGUGCCUUUGCUACCGAUGCCCAGAGCAGAAGGCCGGACGGACAGAAUCUGGACUUCCUUUCCGUUCUUGGGGGUGCCUCUGCAUUCCUACACUCUUCUCCCCUGCCCUUGUCCAAAGAGCCUAAACUCCGAUUCUCCCUCCUUUCCUGUUCCAUUAAUAAGCAAAACCUGUCUGUACAGUUCUUUACAGGAAACAGGAUUUUGAUUUCUGGCCUGUUCUUACUCCUUCGGCUGCUUUUCUAGCUUAGUAUCUAACAAAACGAAAUCUGAGUGUAUUCAUUUUUUCCCUUAAGUAUGCCAAGUACCUCAGUUGAGAAGUCAAGUUCAAGAAGAAAGGCUUGGCUCAAACCAGACAUCUUGCUGGAAUUUGUCUCGGAACACUCUAAAAAUAAAAAUCCCGAGCCGCAGAGAACGUGUCCCUGCCCGGGUUAUGCCCGCCUCAGCUUUUCCCUCUGUAGCUGCGCCCUGAGUGAUGGGAGCUUCCCUCCCGUUCUUGGCCUCCAGCCGCUUCCAUCACCGCCUCUGCCUGUUACUUAACCGUGUCCGCAUGGGCGAGCGCUCCCCCCACCCCUGCGAUGCUCUGGUUGGCAUCGUUUCUGAGCAAAUAUCAUAACUCACGUCCAGAAAACUUUGGCUUUACCAUAUGUUUAUCAAAUUUGUGGCUUUCCGGACACUAAAGCAAAAACAUGUUAAACAGAAACCAUUUAUUCUUGAUGUACUCUCUGUGUUUGAGAAUGGUUAGCCCUUCACUGGAAUUUUAUUUUGAAAAUACCUGUCUUCCUACAGAUUUACACUCAUGUUCUGAUUAUAACCCAAAUCAAUUUAUUAACCGUUUUAUCAGUUAAGCGAAUAGUCAAUUACAUUUUGUUAUAUAAUAGAGUGGGUAUAUUUUUAUUAUCGAAAAUAAAAUACUUAAUUCUUUCUAUGUGACUACUACACCUUUCAUGCGAAUUAUUCAGUGAAUUGGCAAAUUGAGAACUUCUGCCUGCACUGUAUUUUACUGUUACUCCCUCCAUUGUAUAUGACAACACUGGUGUAUUAUAAGAAAACCUAAUACGCUAAAAAAUGGGGUUUGUAUAGACGAUAACUUUGAAAGUGCUUGCUUGAUUUACAAAAUAAAUUUUUUAUUCAAAAGAA